AAUCCUCCGUUGUCAUGAAUCUAACCACAUUUUGCCUUGCUAAAACACAAGUUGCAAAAGAACUCUGCUCAUAUUCUCAAAUGAAAGCUCAUGUGAUGCAACAUGCUUGCCACAGUCAGCAAUAUUUGAACACAAUGAACACACCUGGCGUCAUUCAUUACACACAACGACUCAAAAUUGAAGACACUUGUUGCUAAUGCUGUGACCAUAUGUAUAAAAGCAAGUUCAGAGUGCACGGUUUGCUGAAGAGUCCAAACAAACACAAUGGAUGAAGGCAGAGUCAGGGGAAGAGGAAUUCGAUGCAGAGGAGGGAGAAGAGCUGGCCCUGGAAGAAGAGGAGCAGGCCAACAAGGAAGAGGAGGAGGCCAACAUGGGAGAGGAGAAGGUCCAGGAGGGAGAGCAAGACAACCUCGCACCAUCAUUACGGACGAGAUGUGAGCAACAGUCAUUGACCAUGUCAUUGUCCAUGGCAUGACAAUGGCUGAAGCAGGACUAAGAGUCCGUCCAAACCUGAGUAGGUUCACCGUGGCCACCAUUAUCAGGGCAUUCAGACAACACAACAGAGUUGAAAGAAUGCCACAUAGAGGUGGGAGGGUUGCCAUAUUUACAGCGGCACAAGAAACCCUCAUUGUGGAUAUGGUUUGUGGGAACAACCUCAUCAGACUCCGGGAGAUCAGAGACAAAGUCAUUGCCAAUAAUGUCAACUUUGAGAGCAUUGACGAUGUCAGCUUGGCCACAAUAGACCGAGUUCUCCGGCGCCAAAAGACGCAGAUGAAACAGGUCUAUAGGGUUCCCUUUGAGCGCAACUCUGUGCGACACAAAGACCUACAUUACGAGUAUGUGCAAAGGAUAUUACAGUUGGACGCGAUGGCCAGACCUCAUGAGUACCUCUUCCUGGAUGAGGCUGGCUUCAACCUGCGGAAACGAAGGCAAAGAGGCCGUAACAUCAUUGGCCAAAGAGCAAUCACUGAGGUCCCUGGCCAACGGGAGGGUAAUAUUACUCUUUGUGCGGCCAUGGGUUCGGAGGGGCUUGUCCACCGGCAUGCUGUCCUUGGGUCUCACAACACCCAACGUCUCCUCACCUUCCUAGAGGAGCUAAAAGACAUCCUCCUGGACCGCCAACAACACCAUCCUGGGCCCGCACAUCACCUUUAUGUGAUCAUUUGGGACAAUGUCCGCUUCCACAGAACAAACCAAAUCAGAGAGUGCUUCACCACCAACAGUGACCACUUUUUAAACGUCUGUCUGCCACCCUACUCCCCUUUCCUGAACCCUAUAGAGGAGUUCUUCUCAUCGUGGAGAUGGAAGGUUUAUGACAGACAACCAUACACAAGAGAGAACCUCCUAAGGGCAAUGGAGCUGGCCUGUGUUGACAUCCCAGCGGAGGCCUUCCAAGGAUGGAUUCGCCAUUCCAGGGCGUUUUUCCCGCGGUGCCUGGCGAGAGACAAUAAGCCUGCGAUGUGGAUGAGGUGAUGUGGCCCGAUGCAGCUCAGCGACAUGAUGCCGCACAGUGAUUGUAGUGUGUGUGUGGUGUGAAUAAAGUUAAUGAAAAAACUUCACACCCUGAUCAUGUUUUCAAGAGUACUGUUGUGUGCAAUAGAUUCUGUUUUUGCAUUGAGUUGUGUUACAGUAGUGUACGUACAUGCAGGAUUUUCUAUAGAUUUAUACUCUUCAUAUGAAACUCACAAAUCUAAAUGCCUAAUCCUCUGCAGAGAUCUACGACGAUCCGUUACCGUAUAGUUUCGAAAAAUAUGCAUUGGCAGUUAUGAAACAAAGAACCUUCUCACAAAUUGAGCAUUGUGUUUUCAAUUGUUUUGCUGUAGUGUGUAAUGAUGUGUAUAGUGUUUACAUUCUUGAAAGCUUCGAGCUGCUCUUUUGGUGUGAAAGUUUGAGUUUUGCAGUGGGAAGGUGUGGUUGUGUUUAUGUAGCUUUAGAAAAGGGUGUUGUGUUUAGACAUUGGGGAACAUGGUGGGAACGUUUGUGAAAUGUGUUUUAGCAUUUGAGAAAAACUGUAACAUUAGAUAAUGAGACGAUUUCUAAAAGAUCAACACCCUGAGUGAGAAUAAUUGUACUGAGAAUGACUUGUUGUUUCCAUCCUCAUGCUUUCAAGGAUCAUUUCCAUGAUUUUUGAUUUGAUGUGUUUGUGGAGCGUAUGGUCUUGCAAACCAUCAUGGUUUGUUGUGAUAUUCCCAUUCGAGUAUGACACUAAUAAAUAGUCAUGAUUAUUCAGUGCUUCUUUACAGCACUGAAGCAAGUAUGAUCUGAGUUGUUUUAAGAAAGCUGAAGAGGAAAACCUUGCGUAACUGUUUUUCCAGACACUUGCUCUUUACUAAUACUUGAGAAGUCAUGUUUGACUUCUGAGUUCUUUAAAUCUCUCACCUCUCACCCACAAAAGUAACUGGAUAAGACAGGCAUUGAAUCUAUAUUUUUGCGGAAACUUUUAGCCUUCAAAGUCUAAAAUGCUUUACAUGUUCUAUUGGGCUUUUGUUGAAAGUGUGUUGAAUUUCUGUACUGUUUGUUUGGAAAUGCCUCUGAGGGACAGAAAAAGGCAAUUAGAAAGACAGUAACGAUAGCAAGUAAGUUGCUGGGAAUUGCAUUACCAAGCCUAGAAAGCAUUUACAGGGACUGUGUAUGAAGUAAAGCAAAUUAAUAUUGUGAGUGAACCAUCCACUUGUCCCCUUUAAACUGAUACCAUCUCCAUGGCUUUAUCAUCCCCUUUAGUUGACAAAAAACCAGGUCCAAAUGAUCUUUUACUACUAUCAAAUUUUUGAACAUGAGCAACAUAAAUGUUCCCAAAUUGGUGUUGCCAAAAAAUAUUUUUAUCAGUAGAUUGAUCUUACUUUUGUAAAAGUUGUAGUUCAAUGUAGUUUUGAUGAAGGGAAUAUGGUCUGAGUGGUCAUAGACAGGAUUUAAAGGUCAAAAUGUGGUUUUAAGUGCUUAAAGCUCCUGUUUUUAUCACAAGGGCUAAAAACACAGAUGGUUGUCACUUCUGGGCAAAAAGCAAGUGUUUGAAAUUAUUUCUCUUUGCCUCGUUAUGGAGCAUAAAGGAAGGAAAUAUGUUUUAAAGAAGGUUGGCUUUGGUUUUACAAUUUCAUACUUUAAAAGCACCUUAGUUUAAAUGCAAACUUUUGAGCAAAUGUUUGAGAUAAACAUGUUUUAAAAGUAUGUGAUUACAAGUGUUACAUGUUCACCAUGAAUCGUGAUCUCGGGGUGGGGGACCCCCCUUCUGCUCCCCACUGGUUGUCAUACAUAUCAGUGUGGUGGACGCACCUGCAGCCACCCAAUUAUGAAGUUCACCAGCACUUUUAUAUAAUAGUAGUUAACUAUUAAACUAACUGUUGGUUUUGUUUCUUUGUUAUUAGAUGAUUCAUUUGUCAACCUAGGGUCCUCAAGCAGUAUUUACGUCUCCUUGGUUUCUUGGGUGUGUAUUUUUAUCUGGUGUUCCAGAAAAAGUAAGGGAAAAAAGGCACUGCAGCAUGCCUUGGCCUUCUGCCCUGUAUUUGAUUCCCAUUUAUUAAGAAAAAAAAAAAGUGCCAUGUUUGCUUGAAUGGUUGGUAAUUGUGUUGCAUUAUAAUAUGUAUUAAAUUAUUUUGAAGAAAAUGAAAGUUGAUGGACACAUUCAAGAAUUAAGUUAAAGUUAUGUUGACUUAGUUAUGCUAGGACUGAUAAGUACAAUAAUCUUUAUCGCCAUUGCAUAUAUACAGUGGAACUGGGUGCAGUAUUGUCAGUGCAAAUAAUAAAAUCUAUACUGUAC